AUGCCAAAGAUCUUUAUAAAUAAACUGGAGGCUAAAAGGCUUUGCACCAAAGAACAACUCGACCUUCUUAAUUUAAUUAAUAACCUUCGAUCCCAGGGUAUUAAUCAAUCGUCAGGAAAGAGCUCGGUAUUAGAGGCAAUCUCAGGUAUCUCAUUUCCAGUGAAGAGCAGUUUAUAUACAAGGUUUCCCACAGAGCUGGUACUCAGAAAAAGUAUUCAAGUCAGAGUGCGUGUUUCAAUUAUACCUCAUCACUCUCGCAGCAAUAUCAAACAAGAUUCCCUGGGUAGUUUCUGUGAGCAGCUAGACGAUUUUGAAGGACUCCCGGCUCUUAUCGACAAUGUGAAAGCGGCAAUGGGAAUAACAACAUAUGGCAAAAUAUCAGGCCCUGAUCGUCCUCAUUUGACUAUUGUCGACCUCCCGGGUCUCAUACACUCCGAAACUAAACAGCAAUCAGCCUCUAACAUCCAGCUUGUGCAGGACGUUGUUCAGACCUAUAUAAAUAAGCCGCGGAGUAUCAUCCUCACUGUUAUAUCUGCUAAGAAUGAUUUUGCCAACCAAAUCCCAGAUACGCUUGUUCCAAGAUCAGAAAGCAAGUUGAUGUUUCUUUCACUGGCAAAAAACCAGGAUGUUAAGUUCCGCCUGGGAUGGCAUAUCCUCAAGAACAUAGAUACCGAAAAGGGAGACUGGACACUUACAGAUAAAGACCGGGAAGAGAUGCUAUUUUUCUUUACAGGCGCCUGGGAGGACCUUCUAAGGUCCUUAGUAGGCAUUAAUGGUCUUUGCUUACGCCUAAGUAAAGUGCUUCUCGGACAAAUUGCUGCAGAGCUUCCAAGUCUGAUUAAUAAGAUUAGAAAGAAGGCUGACAAUUGCACAUCUGAGAUUAUAAAACUUGGGAAGCCUCAGAUAUCUCUUGAUGAACAAAGGUCCUACCUCCUACACAUCAGCCAGUCGUUUCAGAGCUUGGUCAAAGCCGCUGUGGACGGCACUUAUAAUGACCUGUUCUUCGGAUAUGUGCACGCUCAGAAUGGUUUGGAAAAACGACUACGUGCGGUGAUUCGUACAACACGGGCGGAAUUUACCGCUUAUAUUAGGACUCUUCUAAGAAAAACCAGGGGCCGUGAGCUGCCGGGCACAUUCAACCCUAUAAUUGUCCGUGACCUCUUCUUAGAGCAGUGUGGUCCCUGGGAAAAGCUCACCAAAAGCCAUAUCAGAAAAGUAUGGUCAUCCGUAAGAGAUUUUAUGGUCCUCGCUGUUUGCCACGUCACAGAUAAGGCCACUUCUACUGCGCUAAUCAAGGAGAUAAUCUUUUUUAUUUUUAAUUCUCGAUUUUUUAGUAUAGCUGAUCUUCACGAGCCCUACUACACAGGUAAAUCUAUUAAUCUCAACCAACUUCUUCAAUACCUUCUGCGGCAAUCAGAACCAGAUAUGGUCAACUUUGCUUCAGCGGAGGCGCUGGACUGCAUGCUGGCAUACUAUAAGGUUGCUUUGAAACAUUUUGUUGAUGAUAUUGCAAAUGAAGCUGUGGAAUUAAAACUAAUAUUAGCAUUGCUCGAUAUCUUCUCUCCAGUAGUCGUGUUUAACAUGCACGACAAAAGGGUAACGCAGAUUGCUGGCGAGUCUGAAGAAAAUAGAUUUCUUCGCGACUAA